UGUAAGUGUGGAGGUGACAGUCAUGUCUGCCUGUUUGCUGCCUCUUCUCUGUGUCCUAGUUGGCUGGUCGGCUGCCCUCCCGGAGGCCACCAUGGACCACACAGAGGAAUUCGACUUGAUACCAAACAUCAUAUUUAACCAGAUAGCUCUGCAACAGCUGCAGGAGCAGCAGCGAGGCGUCCAGGAAGGUGUGAAAAGUAUGCUGAAGGUGAUGACCAACCUGACUGACCUGGUCUCCACUCACCUGACACUUGAUGGCAGCAAUACGCAAGGUGUGAAAAGUAUGCUGAAGGUGAUGGCCAACCUGACUGACCUGGUCUCCACUCACCUGACACUUGAUGGCAGCAAUACGCAAGGUGUGAAGGAGAGGGAGAACGCCACCCGCCGCCUCCUGGACACACUGGACCAGCUGGAGUGCGUCAACAAGGCUCACCAAGCUGACAACCUCAAGCUGAAGGAGGAAAACACUCGCCUAAAUACAGCGAUCCAUUUGCUCGAAGAGGACAACAGGAAGGCUAAGAACGAAGUGCUCCUUGCUCAGGAGGAAAUUGUCCUAUUAAAGUCCCAGAUCCGCCAAGUGGAGGAGGACUCGAGGCUGGUCAAGGAGGAGAUCCGUCAAGUGGAGGGGGACUCGAGGCUGGUCAAGGAAGAUAUCCGUCAAGCGGAGGAGGAUAACAUGAAGAUUAAGAACGAAGUGCGUCUAGCUCAAGAAGAGAUUGUCUUAUUAAAGUCCCAAAUCCGUCAAGUGGAGGAGGACUCGAGGCUGGUCAAGGAGGAGAUCCGUCACGUGGAGGAGGACUCGAGGCUGGUCAAAGAAGAAAACAGAAAGAUUAAGAACGAUGUUCGCUUAUCAGAGGAGGCGAAUCGUCGUCUAAUGGCUGACAUCAAUCAAGUGGAGGAGGACUCGAGGCUGGUCAAGACGAGGAACCGACAGCUGGAGCAUGCGGAGACCCAAACUCAGGAGAGGAUCAAGACGGCGUUGACGAGGAUCGCUGAGCUAGAGCGAGAGACACAACAGUUGCAAGAGAUGACUAAUAACACAGCAGGAGAGAAAAGACUUGUUGAAGAGCAACUAUCCGUCAUUAAAGAAGAGGCCAGUAAGUUACUGGUAGGAAACUCGGCUCUACUGAGUGAAAAAGACAGACAGGCACAGCAUCUCAGAAGUAUUCAAGAGGAAAAGAACAAAAUUGCAGAAACGAAUCGCCGGAUGGAAGAGGAACACGAGAAGUGCAAGAGGAAUAUCAGUGAGCUGUCCACAAGGGUGACCAUGGCCAAGGACUGUGCUGAACUGUACUGCCGGGGAGUGAGGCUGAAUGGCGUCUACUUUAUCAAACCUGACAGGGAGGGACGGCGGGUGUCGGCCAGGUGCGACAUGACUACUGACGGAGGAGGAUGGACGGUGUUCGUCCAGAGAGACACUAAAGUUGUUCCUGCGGUGAACUUCACCAGAGACUGGGAGGCCUACAAGACCGGCUUCGGUAACGCCUCCACAGAGUAUUGGUUAGGGACGGAGGCGGUGCACCAGCUGACGCAGCCCUCACCUCAGACAGUGCGUCUGGCCGCCACCAACAACCAGGAUGAUCACCGCUGGGCGCUCUGGUCCACCUUCAGCGUCGCCGGCGAGAAUACCGGGUACGAGCUGCUGGUGGCCGGGUACCAGGAAGAGAGUACCAUGGGGGACGUCCUUGUACGGCACUACAACUUCAGCGGAACGAAGUUCUCCACCAUAGACAGAGACAAUGAUCUCAGGUCAGGUGGGUCCUGUGCUCAGCUUGCGUCACACCAAUGCGGGUGGUGGUUCAGCGACUGCAGUUAUGUUUUUCCCACGAGUCUCCGGAGAAACAUGGCGACAUGGUACUGGGCGCCAGGUGUCAGAGGCAGCAGCGGGGUGGGUCUCCAGCAGAUACACAUGAUGACACGACCCCAGAACUUCCCAACUUGUCACGAGUGAUUGUUGUGAGUCAACCAUCGUAGUAAAGUUCCUCCACAAGUGGAAGAGUUGACUAAAGUCCAGGUGGUGACUUGCGACGAGCCUCAAGGACCAACUGAGGCAGGACCUAAUAAUCUUCAGAUAAUUAAUCAGCCUUUUCCACCAGUGAUUGUAAUGUUAAACAAUGAAAUUCAAUACAAUUUUUUUUCCUUCCUGGAAGAAAUAUUUGAUGUGUUGAGGCUAACACUCGGUAAAAAUUAAUCUCGGUAUCCUAUAUGCUUUAUUCCAUAUAUUCAUGCAUUGAUUAAUUUCUUGUGAUUCCUGCAUAUUAGGACUCCUAUAUAUUUCUCCCAUAAAUACUUCACAUUUUCAAUAUUGUCCACGUGGUAUAUGGGAACUCUUGUAUUAUUAUUACUAAGCUCAAAUUCCAAAAUAUUUCAGCAUUAAACUGCAUAUGCAUCUACUAAUCUAUUGCCCACGUGGAUAGUCUGUAGAGAUUGUCUUUUAGUACUUUCGGGAGUUAACUCCCACAUGGCAAUUAAAUCCACGUGGGACUUAACCCCCUUCAUGCCAACACUCUGCUGUCUCUUUUAAUAACCAAGGUCUAAUCCAACUUAUGAUAAACCCCAAUUAUCACGUACCUCUAGCUCUUUAGUCUGGUGAGCCGCAGUAUCAAAGUCCUUGCCGAUGUCAAAUUUUAGAAUGUCACAAUCCUUCCUACUAUCAGAUUCUUAAAAUUUACAGGAAAGGAAUGACACAUUUCUUAAACAUGAGCAGCCCCUUACCGAAACCAUCUCUUAAAUUCUUUAUUAAUCUGUUUAUCAAGAUGAAAACAAAUGGUUUUGGCAGUUAUCAAUUAAAUCCAUUUCCGGCAAUUGGCACCACAUCAGCCACCAUCCAUCACUCCGGUACUCUGCUCGAAUCUAAUGUUAAAUUAAAUAUGGUAGACAAUGGGCCACAAAGCUUUGCUUUACACUACUGAAAUAAACACCCUGGAUAAUGUUUUGUCUGGCUUUGGGGACUAGUUUGCUUUUAGUUUGCAUAUUUGUUUAAUAACUUCCUCGCUAGUAACUACUAAACUAGUCCUCUCGACCUAAAAAGGUUGGUUGUGCUGAAUGCAUAAUUGAGUUUCUUUAGUAACCCCCGUCCCUGUUCAGCUCGUUGAUGCCGUGAGGGGGGCUUAGUGGGCGGCUGCCGGAGUGUGAUGCUCCCUGGAACAGUCCUCUGUCCUUUUGUAAACUUGUGCUCCUGCAGCUGUCCUCUCUAAUUGUGCUGAACAACUUUUCCAUUUCCUUCUGUUUGAUUUUUCUCCCCCUCUUCUCCUAUCUGCUUGUCGAUUCCUGCCGACCUUUUGCUUGUUUUGGUUAUUCAU